GGAAACACCUGGUCAAGAAACAACAACAUUUGAGGACUGCAAACGCUCAAAUUUUUUGGGAAAGAGAGAAGGAUGGCCCGCCAGAACUCCUACAAGAAUAUACUGAAGUUUGAAACUAAAGAAACAGCCGCUUGCCCAUCUCACAAGAGAGCCCUCUUCAUGGCCACUCUCCUUGCUCUCCUCCUGGCCCUGCUGCUGGUCCUCUCGCUUGCUGCAGUGACUGUCCUGUAUUUCCAGAAAGAGAGGAAGCUCCAAGAACUAGAAGGAGUGGUCGGAAAGAUCAGGACCACCCUGCAGCGCAGCAAUGUCUCUUAUGCAUCAGCAACCAAAUCGGAGAGCUCUGCACCUUCCAAUGUCCAGCUGCUGGAGAACAUCCAUGAGGUUUUCUCUGAGAUCCAGGCCCAUUUGGAGGAUGCCCAAGCUCAGUACAGUGAUGUUGUGGGAUUGGUCUCCAGCGGCUGGAUGUUUCACAACGGGAGUUUCUACUUCUUUUACAAGGAGGCAAAAUCGUGGCAGGAGGCGGAACAGACCUGCGCAUCACACGGGGCACACCUGACUUCUGUCACCUCACGGCAAGAGAUGGAAUAUCUCUCCAGAGAGGCUCAAAAAUCUCCCUUUUGGAUUGGACUCACUGACCAACAGCAAGAAGGCAACUGGACCUGGGUAGAUGGCACAAAAUAUGACACCAAAGUUAGUUUCUGGGCAUCAGGACAACCGGAUAACUGGCACGGAGCACCAGGCUAUCAAGAAAAUUGUGUUCUUGUCACAACACACUGGAAUGAUGUCAGUUGCUCCUAUCAUUAUAAAUGGUUCUGUAAGAAGGCUAUUCGGUCCGGCAUUCUGCCUCCAACGUAGGCAGUCUAGUGCCUCUGGACUCACGCACAUCUUUGCAACCUAUAAGAGAUCCAACUCCAUGACUGCUAAAUUUUCUCCCAAGUCUUGACUGAAGGACUUUGUCAAAUGCUUUUUGAAUGUCCAAGUAUAUAUGCGCCAGAUUUACCCACACCAAUCUACAAGUGUAUUGACUCUCUAUAAGGCCCUGGUGAGGCAACACUUUCUUUUAGAGAAGCCAUCCUGAUUCUUCCCAGCUAGGCUUGUUCUUGGAUAUGUUUGGCAAUGCUGACUUUAAACACCCUUCCCACCCA